GCAGCACAUUACUACGGUGGCCGAGAAGGGUCACAACAUGUACAAACGCCACAACAACUACAUUUUCAGAAAACACCUCCAAAUUCAGAAAACACAUGCAAACGCCGCCACAACAACUACAUAUUCAGAAAACACCUCCAAAUUCAGAAAACACAUACAAAUGCCACAACAACUACAUAUUCAGAAAACACAUACAAACGCCACAACAACUACAUAUUCAGAAAACAACUUCGUCGAUUUCACAUCACGUACGCUGCAAAUAUUCACAGCACGAGCAAAUAGGGAAACGAACUGCAAACUGCGAAAACACAACGGAAAUGUUUCCAGGGGGGGCCAUAAUCAGUGACGGACCCGCAUCCAUCCGGUUGUCUUCGCGCUUCUGAAUGUGCGCUUUUGUUGCUUAUGGCUACAAGACAUUGAAAUGUUCUGUCCGUUUUGUGCUGUGCAACUGGGGGACGCUCCCAAGUUUUGCCCGUCGUGUGGUAUGAACGUGGGGUUCCUUACGGAGCAUCCAUCCACGUCAUCAAGCGUAGGCCAUGGGCCUACAGUGAAUGAGACAAGUAUCCAAGGAAGAGCAGCUCAAUUCAUGAGGUUCAGGGAAGUUAAAGAGGCUGAGAGGAGGACCUUUUCAAAGGCUAAAAAGAAACCAAACAUUACAGUCAAGAUAUCGAUUGGCAUAAUGACCAGAACAAAAUAUGGGUUAAAACCUAUAAGGGGGAAAACCUUGCCAUUAAAUGUUGAACCCCUGUGGUCAUCAAAACAAAUUUUGCCAGCUGCUAUAAAAAAACAGCGAGAUUUUAAUCAAGACACAAUGUACGAUGGAGAAUAUGUCCUGGUCUAUCCUGAUGGCUCUCAGGUACAAAAUAUACCAGGCACAGACAGACCCUUUGUCCUUGAACAUUAUAAAGAGGCCAUUGGAAAGGCUUACCAGAGGAUCGUACUGUACAUCUGCCCCCUUCAGGAUUUGAGUCAUGGAGAUGACUCAUCUUCAGAAUCUGAUGAUGAAGCAUUUGCUAGGCUUCCACUGAAAAUUUUACCAAAACAAUGUCCACCAACAAUGUCCAGGCCAUCUGAUGGGCAAGCCAAUGGAGCAGGAGCAGAACCAAAAAACAACACAUCAUGUGACUCCUACAACACAUAUACCAAGAUCUAUGCCCCAGUUGUCAUUGACAGCAGUUGCUCUGAUGUUGAGGACGUAGAGAACUUUCAGGAGGAAGACAGAGACACUGAUAUUGGACUGACGGCUGCAGACAUUCUGUCAAAUCUGUCAUUCAACAUUAACACAAUGAGCUGUAGCAGGUUUAAUAUAAACCGUGCUAAUGUCUGGGAUGGUGCUCUGAGGGGAUUCAAACGUUCCUCAUUUGAUCCCACCUGUAGCCUUUUGGUCAAAUUCACAGAUGACAUCGGGCAAACAGAGGAGGCUGUGGACACAGGAGGGCCUACGCGGGAAUUUCUUACACUCUUGAUGGACGCCAUUAAAACCAGUAGAUUUUUUGAAGGCAAAGAUGAUGGCAAAUACCUGUCAUUUGAUAGCAAAGCUGCAGAAGGUGAUGAGUAUUUCCAGGUUGGAAGAAUGGUUGCGGUCUCUAUUGUA